AUGUCUCUCAUUCAGCUUGAAUCGGGCCCUAACAGGGUUGUAGGGGACGAUCUCAAACCAAUACUUAAGAAAGCUGGGCUUGAUCUAAGCGAAUCUCUCGUAGAAGACUACAGUACGCUGCUUACCAGCUUUGAGGCGGCAAUUGAUUCUCUACCCGACGACCGGAAAGUGCAGCCACGCCCAGACUUGGACAAGUACCCUCGAAAAGACAUUCAUGUUCCCGAAGAUAAUGAGUCCGGCGCUUGGGCAACUAAGGUAACUGCAAGAUGCACUUCUCCACAGAGCAACUUACUAGAGGGCCGAACGGUAGCUCUCAAGGACAACAUAGCUCUUGCUGGAGUAAGGUGUACGAAUGGGACGGCAAUGGUUGAAUGGGUUCCCGAAGUCGAUGCGACAGUGGCCACGCGUAUCAUGGAUGCCGGUGCUACAAUAACAGGCAAAGCUUCCUGCGAGAAUGCUUGCAUGGAGGGAAUCUCGUGUACAUCAGUCACCGGGCCCGUUCACAACCCAUACGCGAAGGGUUAUAGCGCUGCUGGCUCGAGUAGUGGAAGCGGCCGGCUUGUGGCCACUGGGGCCGUCGAUCUUGCCCUUGGCUGCGAUCAAGGAGGCAGCAUUCGUAUGCCCGCAUCAGCCUGUGGCAUUGUCGGAUUGAAGCCGACAUGGGGACUGGUCCCGUAUACCGGCAUUCUAAGUUUAGAUGCGACACUAGAUCAUGUCGGCCCAAUGGCAAAAACCGUUCGAGACUGUGCUCUCCUUCUUGAGGCCAUUGCUGGGCCAGAUGGCUGGGAUGACCGACAACCCCCUGUUGAACUUGGAGGUUGCCAAUUGAAGUAUGUCGAAGACAUAGAUGGAGUAGCCCGGCUACCCAAGAGCAAUAUGCUUGAUGGGAUGAAGAUUGGUAUGCUGAUGGAAGGCUUCGAGGUUCCUGGCCACGAUAAAAACGUUUCAGCAUGUGUUCGCUCAGCUGCUCUGAAGCUGAGUGAACUUGGGGCUACAGUCUCCUCUGUCUCAGUGCCGAUGCACGCAAAGGGUGCGAGCACCUGGAUGGUAUCCGUACCUUCUUUGAGCCCCCGAGCAGCAUUACUUGGUGAAAGACACGGACGCAAAGAUUUGUACUUCCCGGAUCGAUGCGAGCUCGUAGGCGACAAGCUCACACAGGCUCAAUUCGAUGCGCUCGGACCCGGUGCAUCAUACAUGUAUCUUGCGUACCUCUGGGCUCAGGAACGAUAUGGACCCAAACUACAUGCGAGAUGCAUGAAUCUGUUAAAAGCAGUUGGUGAUGCUUAUGAUCUAGCGCUGAAAGAUGUUGAUAUUCUCAUAACACCUACUCUAUCUUGUCCACCGCUCAUGGGAAUGACAACCGGUCUACUAGCCAACACCAGCCCUUUAAACAGUACUGGGCAUCCCGCCCUGUCCCUUCCCGUGGGGUUUUCUCCCGCCAUCGAAGAUUCAAAUGUGAAGCUGCCUGUAGGAAUGCAGAUCAUCGGCCGUAAGUUCAGGGAUAUUGAUUGUCUUAAAGUUGCGGCCGCGUGGGAAGCUACAUUUGAUUGGAAAACACUCGUUUUUGAGGGGAAUAGCUAG